AUGGCCCGAGUGAACGAAUUUCUAAAACAAUCAUCCCUUAUUCGUGGAGAAGAAGAUGAAGAGUCCGAUCUUUCCACCUCUUCCUUCUGUUCACAACAAACACAUUUGAAAACUUUGAAUUCAUCUUCUUUGAGUGGUGUUGACACUCCACACGAUCUCACACGUUGUAAACAUACCUUUCACAAUUCUUCACAAAUUCCCUUACCAGAUGAAAUUAUUCAAUAUCACAUUGCGCCCUAUAUGGAUGUAAAAACAUUGUGUUCAAAAUUCUUUCUGCUUUCCAGUUAUUUGAAAAAACUGGUGGAUGAAAACCAUAUAUGGAAAGAACGAUUCUUUAGGGUUCUUCCUUACAGCCAAUUUGACUUUUUCGAAAACAAUCCCAUCUAUUGGAAAAAGUGUUACCAUUCAGAAGUGACUCGAAGAUACUUUUCAUCAUUAAAUACCGCACAUCAAGAUCGAAUUUAUCCCUCACUCGAUGAACUCAGUGUGAGUUUCAAAGAUUUAUAUCGAACUCUCUACGUGGAAGGGAAAUUAAGCAAACAACGUUUAUUGAAUUCUGGAAAUUACAAACGCGAUCAAUACUCUCAUCACAUUACCUAUUAUUAUUUGAUCGACAUGUUUGAAAGUGUGAAAUUGGAACAUGAUCAAUUGAGAUGCAUUGAACAAUUCUUUGGACAACAAGUGGGACCAGGUGUUGAGUUUUUUAGAGGACGCACUCGAGAGAAGGGUGCACUCCAUGACGAUGAAACUCGUGAAUACUAUGGAGUAUUUGGAUUGGUAGUGGGAGUUUAUUUUGUCAUGUUUCAAGAGUGGAUGAGCAAUGAUUUGAGAGCUCAUGUGUUUGGAAGAAAGAUUAAUCAUCGAAUGGUGGAGACUUAUGAUCUCAAUCAUCUUCAGCAGAAUCAUCAUGACCACACGAACCUUCCUUCGAGCCACCAUCACCUGGACCACCACCACCACCGCCACAACAACAUGUUGCACAUUCGAACCUAUCCUUCAACAAAUUUUCAAUCACAGCAACAACAUGCUGCACCUUUAUGGAAUGAUUCAUCAUCGAGUGGUAGUGGCAGUCAUUCAUGUCCUUCCUCUGUCACAAAUACCACCACUGCAACCUCAACAACAACAACAUUGAAUCGACCCAUGAGGAUGAGAGGAUCUUUUAAAAGAAUUCCCUUAUUUGCCUCAACACCUCGUCAUCAUCAUCCUCAUUGGCUUCUUCAUGAAGCAGAUCGUGAUGACGAAGAAGGAGACGAUGAUACAGAUUUCCUUAUGGAAGAUGAGGAUGCUGUCAUGACUGCUACUAACACCACCAACAACACCAACAAUAUGCAUGAAAGUUCUUCCUCAAUGUUGAGUCCUUCCAAUCAUGAUCUUCUCAUGCAAGAUGAAGAUGAGGAAAUUCAACAAGUGACAUCAUCCUCGUGUCCACUCAAUCAUGUGUUUCCUCAAUACUUGUUUCUAAGUCAACCCACUGAAGAUAAAUGGGAUCAACAACAAAAGCAUGAUUCACCUGUGAGUGUGGUUAUUCAUGGAGUUUGGAGUGACAACAAGGAACGAUGUGGCUUAUUCACAAGUGAAAAUAUUGAUUGGUCCACGACUGUCUUUGAUUUGAGUACUCUCGGAAGUAAAUUAUAUGAUAUUAAUUAUAAGAGAUUGUAUAGUGUAGAGAAUGAAGUGAAAAUGUUUUCGAGAAUGACUGCAUUCAAGUAUUGGAGAAUGGUUGUGAAUUAUUCCUUAGGAUUGCCAUCUUAUAGGGAAGAGGAAGGAUGGAAUCUCCAUCAGCAGAAUUUAUCAACUAGUAGUAGUGGUAGUAGUACUGGCAGUAGUAGUGCUGACGGCAAUAGAGAUGCCAUGCAACAACAAUCGCAACAGCAACAUGCACACUCUUAUGCAGUGAGAGAAUAUAAUGUAACUUUUGAUUGUGACACUUAUUUGAGAGGAGAAGCCGCAUUGUGUCAUCACCAUCAUCAUCAUGGAAUGGACCCGCAUCUUCAUCAGGGAGGUCCUUCUCAACAACAACAUGCUCCUCAUUUUCAGAUUGUUGGAAAUGCCAUGGAUAGUUACAUUUCAUUUAACAUGUUGAGUAGAGGGGAACAUAUAUUCUUGGCUUGGUGUCAAUUCGAUCAUAUGAAACAGGAGAGUAAGAUAAAAACCAAGUCCGCUCUCCGUUCCAAGAUUAUCUAUCCAAAUAAUCGUCGUGAUUCGUUUGCUUGUUUGGAACCACCAAGUGUGAAUCUUAAUGUGAAUGAAUUUAGGUUGUCAGGAAUUAUUUUAGAUCGAGAGGGAAUUAAGGGUCAUCUCACCUUAGAGCCCUUGCCAAUGAAUCACCAACACCACCAUCAUCACCAUCAUGUCAAUCAAUAA